AUGCUAAUCUUGAUUUCAAUGUCGAGAAGUCGUCAAAAUCACACAAAAAAUAAGACAUGUGAUCAUCUCAUAAAGUUUGGUAACGAGUUCUAUGACAAGCAGAUGUUAUUUCAUGGCUAUGGAAAAUCCUACUCCAUGGUGAUGCAUGAGAAAACUGGUGAUUUAUACUUCAGUCACGUUAGUCGUAGUGACGACUUUGAUAAUAGAGAAAUUAUGGCGUGUCACAUCAAAGAAGAAACCUGUAGGUCUGUGGAAGGUAUUUCAGGAGGCUUCGCAGUAGCCUAUGAGAAAGAAACUGACGAGUUGUUUUUUGGUGGUAAUGACGGUGUUUAUCAGUACGAUUUCUCUGAAAAGGUAGCAAAACGCAUCGGAGUCAAUGGCAAAAUGAUAUAUGGUGUAGCAAUCGCUGGAAAAUAUUUUUUCUUCAUUGUGUAUCCUAAAAAGGCACUCUAUAUUGUAAAGGACCGGGAUUUUAAACAUCCAUUAAAAUUUUUAGAUGCAGAAGUCGAAAAUAUUCUACUCACAAAAUCCUUAAACGUGUACCUUUCUAACAUGACAGCUUUAUACAAAAUAGAACCGCCCCAUGGACCCACUAAGAAGCUUAUUGUAAUAGAUGAUCAAUUCCAUGUGAGACAACUUGUAAAAAAAAUUAAUGGCAGUGUAUAUAUUUGUACAUUUGAAGGUAUCUACGAAACUAAUGAAACUAGCCGAAAAGCCGUGAAAGUGUGCGAUCUAGAUAAGCCUUUUGGCAUGGCAUUUUACGAGUCUAUGAUAUUGUAUUCAGACGAGCAUGCUAUUCAUAGUUUAGUUUUGAGUAACGACUAUGAAUGUAUAAAUAAAUCUUUGGCUGAUAUGGAUAUUCUUAGAAGUAGGUUUUCUGUAAUGUUGGAGCUUUAA